CUUUCCUUGCUGCUCCUCUUUCGCUUUCUUUCUUUAAGCUUCUUAAGGCUUUGGUAUAGAACUAGUGAGACUGGUCUGGUCUGGUUCUCAAGGUCCUUUGGGAAGAAAGUCCUUCGAUUUUUCAGUUUGUGUUAGCUUGAAUUCUUAUUUUGUUGAGCAAGAUUGGAUCUUGCUCUUCUAAUCUUAUAAGUUUCUCUAGUUCGUAUGCAUCGGCUCUUACUUUUAAAUGUUUCUGAUUGAUGUGGACUAUCGUAAGUGAAAUCCUGCUCUCUGGUUUUAUGAUAAACUCCACCCUGCGACGCAGGACCCAUCUGGUGCAAUCUUUUUCAGUUGUGUUUCUCUACUGGUUCUAUGUGUUUUCAUGAGCUUGUUUCUCCUCUCCGAGCAUCAGAUCAGGGCCCUGUAAACCCUAAACUUAUAUAAAGUUUGUAUCUUUUUUUUUCCUAUUCCUAUAAAAAACUCAGUUUUAGUGUUCUCCUGAUCAUAAAAUUGAAGAAUCAGUACUAGAUAAUUAAUCAAGCAAGGAAACCAUUUUUUAAUGGCUUCCAGCAGCACCGGAACAACAACAUCUUCUGGUUCAUCUAUUCUGCUAACGAAUUCUGGAUCUGAAGAGAAUCUUCAGGCUUUGAUGGAACAGAAGAAGAGGAAGAGAAUGAUCUCCAAUCGAGAAUCAGCAAGGAGGUCAAGGAUGAGGAAGCAGAAGCAUCUGGACGACCAAAUGGCUCAGGUGAGCCAACUGAAGAAGGACAACGGCCAUAUCCUCACCACUCUGAACCUCCGCACACAGCACUAUCAUGUUGUAGAGGCCGAGAACUGCGUUCUCAGAACGCAGGCCAUGGAGCUCACCUCCAGACUUAAUUCCCUCACUGAAAUCCUCCACUGCAUGAACGCAGAAUCCAUUAACCAGCUGAUGAGUUCUGAACCUUUCUUCAACCCAUGGAGCUUUUUGUCCAUGAACCAGCUGCCCAUCAUGGCUUCUUCAUCUGAUUUAAUGCAGUACUACUAGAUCCUGAUCAAAUGAACUUUUAGAUCUGUUUGGAAAAGCGGGGAGAUGAUUAUUGUUAUAUGAUGGGCGUUUAUGUAAUGGAAUAUUGGCUAUAGUUAGCAUAUUUGCUAUAAAUGCUUUUGCUAUGCUUAUUUCUGCUUAAGUGGUCAUGUUGAGUAGUGUGAGACUGGUAUGAUGUGACAGGUGGUCGGUCAUUAAAUUCAAUAAGACAAUCAAGAUGAAUUGUUUGUUUCAGUAGAAAA